AUGUCAGCUGUCAAGAACCCAACAACAAGCGCUGCCGCCGAGGUGUCUGCAUCUUCCACCGACGAGGAGCUCGCAGGCCCUGUCAUUGUGAACCUUGACGAGGGCCAGACUUCUGUCAAGAGGCCACUCUGGAGGCGGGUCGCAGGAGUCUUCUGGGACUCGGUCGAUGGCGAUCCCAGGGACAAGCGGUACAUCCAGAAGCUGGACGGGUUUCUAUUUUCAUACAUCUGCCUGGGAUAUUUCAUCAAGUAUCUCGAUCAGACGAACAUCAGCAAUGCCUUUGUCAGCGGCAUGAAGGAAGACCUCGGUCUGUACGGAAACGAGCGUAACUGGCUCAACAGCUACUUCAACAUCGGCAUCCUGAUCGGCACAGUUCCCUCGCAGAUAAUCCAGCUGGGAUUCAUCAGGCCGUCAGUCUGGAUUCCGCUAUGCGAACUGACCUGGUCCAUCCUCGUCAUGAUCAUGGCGUCGGCCAAGAACGUCGAGACGCUCUAUGCCCUACGAUUCUUCAUCGGCCUCUUGGAGGCAGCCGCCUUUCCCGGAUAUGCCUCCCUGCUCGGAGGAUGGUAUGGACCCCGCGAAUUGAACAAGCGCAUGGCCAUCUUCGAGCAGACGAGCGGCAUCGCAGCCAUGUUCAGCGGAUACCUACAGGCUGGGCUGUAUAAGAGUCUCGCGGGCCGCAACGGCCUGGCCGGUUGGCAGUGGCUGUUCAUCUUUGACGGCAUCAUCUCCAUACCAAUCGCCGUCUGGGGCUUCUUCGCCAUCCCAGACCUUCCCCAUACCACUCGGGCAUUCUACUGGAGGAACGAUAUGGUUGACGGUCAACAGGACAAGGAAUACGGGAUUCGCCGCGCGGAGAGAAAUGGCCGUGUUGCGCCCAAGAAGCUUACCCUGAGAGCCGUCGGAGGCGUUUUCAUCAACUGGAGACUUUGGGCUUUUAUCCUUCCAUACCUCAUGGUUGCCGAAGCUGCCAGCGGAACAAACUACUUCAACCUGUAUCUCAAGGCAAAGGGCUACAGCGUGGUGCAGACGAACGUCUUGCCUACAGCCGGAAACGCAAUCAGCGUUGUCUCUGCCUUUCUGGCAGGUGCAAUUGUCGAUGCCACGGGGGCUCGUCUGUCCAUGACGGUUCUCGUCCAGACCAUCGUCCUGGUGUCCAACAUCCUGCUCGCUGUCUGGCAUAUUCCCGACAGUGCACGGCUGGCGGGAUAUUUCCUGUCGUACGCCGGGAGUGCAGCGCAGCCCAUCAUCAUCUCUUGGGGUCACCAUCUCAACGCCGCCGAUCCUACUCUCCGUCAACUCCUCGUUGCGACCGGAAACAUAUUCACAUACAGCUUCUCGACCUGGCUUCCCUUGGUCCUCUUCCCGACGUAUGACGCGCCUCAUUAUAAAUACGGUUACCAGACUCUCAUCCUCUUUGGUGGUCUCGGAGUCAUCGGUGCUUUCCUGCUCAAGUUUCUCCAUGAACGAUUUGGCUAA